UUUGUUUGGCAAAGGCAAGUUAUGUGGUGCUUUUUGGUGGUGAUUUAUCUAGCUCGAAUAACCUCGGCACUGAUCGAGGUAGAGCUGGAACGCAUCGAGCAAAUCGGCGCCGAACAUCUGAUGGACCUUUCCGGCAUGCGCGUACGAAAGUACAACCGGACCGUGUCCGUGCUGGACGGGACGUUCUCCAUCCUGAAGGAUCUCGACGAUUCGUUUGAAGUCACCCUUACCGUGGCCCGUAGUGCUCUCGGCAACAAUCAGUUCAACGAGUACCCGAUGAAGGUUCCCCGCAAGAAGUGCUGCCAGAUCAUCCGGGACGAGUACGCCGAGUAUCAGCAUAUUUGGCUCAACUACACCAAUCUGCCGCAGGUCGUCAAGGGCGAAGAGCCGUUUUGUCCGCUUCCGAAGGGGAGCUACUAUUUGAAAAACUUCCCGUCGGAUCCGUCCUGGGUUCCGCCGGUAGUUCCCGACGGCUUCUGGCGAAUGACGUGGGAAGUCUACAGCGUGGUAUCGGGGGAGCUUCAGGGGCAGGUGCGAUUGUUUCUUCGCAUCAAGAAGGAACUGCUUUGAGCAAAACUUUAUUCAUUAUUAAACAUAAGGUACAAAUUAAAAAUGGUUUAAUUUUAAAUUACACUUCACCAUUAAAAUAAAC